GGUGUAAAGUAAAUAAAACGUUGCUGUCUCACAGCAUUUUAUUAUGGACCAAACAAAGAAAGACGAUCUCAUUCCUACAGCAGAUAAAUGUACAUAUACCAGCUGUUAUUGUGAAGAAAAUGUGUGGAAACUCUGUGAGCAUGUAAAGGAGAAAAAUCCAGACAGGCUGGCAUAUUGCUACUGUGUGUUUAUAUCUAAUGAAAACAAGCAGAUACCACUCUGGCACCAGAAAUCUAGUCAUUCACCUGAUGGUGUUGUAGUGUGGGACUAUCAUGUGAUAUUUGUCUACAAUGAGGGUGAUAUUUCACUGGUCUAUGAUCUUGAUACAGACCUACCAUUUCCAUGCAACUUCACAGAGUAUGCUGCAAAAGGGAUCAGACCUAAUAGCACAAUAAAAACACAAUACUACAGGAAAUUUCGUGUGAUAACUGGAUCCGAGUUUUUAUCUACAUUUGCCUCAGACAGAUCACACAUGUUAGAUGCUAACAAACAAUGGCUGAGUGAACCACCACCGUAUCCUUGUCUACAAACUCCAGAUUCUACAAACAAUAUACAAGAUUUCAUAUCUAUGGAUCCAGAAGUGGGAUUCGGGACUGUGCUCAAUUUUGAUGGACUUGUUGGCAAAUUCUCUUGCAAUCUUCAUACUUAAUAUUGACCAUUUACUUAUAUUAUAAUAUGAAGAGGAUAAUGAAGGACUCCAAGGCCUUUUAACAGGAUUUCCAGUUAUUGAGAAAGUUUAGGAGUUCAAAACUUAAGUUUAGGGACAUCAUGCGAUCAUCUCAAUGAAAUCUAGUUUCAAUUCUUUUUUUUAUAGAAAUAUUUAUAUUUUUUACAUGAAACAACACAAUAGUUAUUUAUAGAUGUGCUUCUUUUAGAUAUAGUUUUGUUAUCUUC